UUCUCUUCCUUUAUUCUUAAAAUUUAGUUAUUUAUAAUCUCCACACCCAGUGUGGGGCUUGAACUCACGACCUCAAGAUCAAGAGUUACACGCUCUAGCGACCGAGCCAGCGCGAUGCCCUGGUUUCUUUAUUCUGAGGGCGGAGCGUGUCUGACAGACCCAGGGCGCUAGACCGAAGGAUGUUUCUGACUCUGAUUUGCACUAAAAAAUGAAGAUUUCCUCUUCUUCUGACCUCAUUGCCCCCUCGUUUGGGGCAAUCUUGCCCCAUGCCGCCUGCCAGCACCCGCGGCCCCUGACGUCACUUGGGGGAAGGUCUUGGGAAUGGACGUGUCCAGUGGGCAGGCCGUUGUGAGUCUUGGGAGGUGGGUUCAUUGGCGGAAGUGGCCCGGGGCCCACGCGCUGAGUGUGCUGAGUACCACCUUGGCCGUCGGGAGGUCUGCCGAGCCCCACUCCACUGCCCCAGGCGUGUCUGUCUGAGCCUCGGUUUGCUCAUCGGCAGGAUGGAGAGCCUUGCGCAGUCUCUGGCUCUGGCGGCCUGGGUGGUGUGGUACACACCUAGGAUCUAAGAACCGAGAAGUCUCAGUCCGUGUUCUGGAGGAGCGCGUGGCUGGGUGAGGGGCCCAGGCCAGUGCAGACACCUGUGAGAGGCGGUGUGAGAAACACGGGGCGGGGUGAGCCCGGGGCCGGCCUCUGCAUGCAGAACGAGCGGCCGAUUCAGGUGCCUGGCUCAGAAGUCCAGUGGGGGCGAGAGGCCAGAGAGGAAGCUGGCAGGUGGUCAGGGGCCAGACCUGGAGGGGCGUCACCAGACACACGAGAGCAGGGUGAGGGGCGGGUCGGACGUGCUGAGUGCUGGGGAAGGGACCGGUCGGCGGGACAGGGCUGGGAUCCGGCUGGAAGCCGUGGUGGCUGCGGCUCUGGCGGGGGUGGUGGAAGGGCCGAAGGGUUUGGAGGUGGGUCAGGAGGGAGGGUAGGCCGGGCGGCGGCGGGCUGGACUGCCAGCCACCUGUGCACCCCUCGCAGUCGUGUCAUGAGGGCCGUGUAGAGGUACGUUCUGAUAGAACUUGGAGUCGGUGAGGAUUGCGUUCAGCUAUAGUCACCGGGGAAGCUGAGUCAGGGGUGUGUUUAUCUGGUAAUGCGCAGUCCACGGCGCCGCUGCGGCCGUCCUGUUCGCCGUCCUUAGUGGGUCAGCUUUCCCAGUCCACUGCUGCCGCUGCCUGGAGGCGGGGGUGUGGGGUGGGGGGCGCACGGAAAGGAGGUGGCUCUCCCGCGAGCCCUCAGCCUGUGCCUCCUUCGCUGGCCCGUGCUGCAUGGCCGUCCCGGAGCCGGAGGGAGCAGGGAAGGCAGGGGUCUGAGCUGAGUACACAGCCACCGUCCACACCGGCGUCAGUGAGGAAGGAAGGGCUGCGGGGAACCGUGGAGCGGCACUGUCACCCGCUGGCCUAUGGAACAUUCCGUCUGGAGAGUUUGUCUUCCGUGUAGGGGUCUGUUGUCUUGUGACUGGGAUUUGCAGCUUGACAUUCGUCAGGCUGCACAGGAGGGAUGGCUUGGCUGUGUCUGUCUCCUGUCCCUGCCUGCACCCGGCAGCCCGGCCCCCCAGAAGUGCUGAGCCGCCCGCACAGACUCCACGGGUCUCCGCGCAACUGCACCCCGUAGUCCGGCCCCCGCGGGAGCGCUGAGCCGCCCGCAGGGACUCCGCACGUCUCCGCGCCUGUAUGGUAAAGACCUAGUUUACACACAGAAGUCCUUGGCAAGGACGAAAUGCAGGGUUCAAAGCCCUUCCCAGCUGCUGGGCGCGAGGCACCCAGACCCACCGGAAGCAUGCACAGGAGGCUGAUGGCCGCGUUCCAGGAGCUGCACACGGCCCUUUCUGUUUAGCUCACUUCCCAUGUCAACUGAUCAGCAAACAGCGGGGCAUGAGAACACCUUGUCUCUUGAGACUUCCUGCAAGUCGGGGGCCACGAAGCACGCACGGUCACAGGAGUCUUGGUGCCCAAGUACCCGUUUGAGCACGGCAGGUGCUUCCUGCAAAAAAUGGCAGAACAGACGGUUUGAGGGGAGACCACACACUUCCUUCUCAGGGCUGGCGGGGCGGGGCCGCAGCCGCUCCUUUCAGCCCCACGGCCUGUGCAGUCCUGCGGCUGGCACAGGGGAGGCCCACGUGCGGUGGGAUGCAGACCCAGCCCGCGAACUGCCUCGGCUCCACAGACUGGUUUCCCCUGUCGCCCCGUGAGCUGAUCGGAGGCUGUGCUUCUCUCUCACCCCCCUUUGUGAAGUACUGCCAAUGCUACGUGUUGUUCAGAAGUAUGUAAUUUGCCCACAUCCGGAUGCUUCUGCUGAGGAAGCCAGAAAUGUCCUCGCCGUGGAAGCCGCCCCUGGAGAGCUGGUAGGAGAGGCAGCAGCUCACCAGCCAGCCCCAGGGCACCCAAAUCCCGUUAAUUUCUCUUUCAAACAGUGGGGCGCUGAGCUCAAAAAUUCAAUGUCCUCUUUCCGUCCUGGGAGAGGACAUGGCGACAGUCGGAAGAGUGUGUUUUAUACCAACGAAGAGUGGGAGCUUUUAGACCCGAACCUUAAGGACCUGGAGGAAUCCAUGGCGCAGGAGGAGAGGAAGAAGCCGGCCCCCGAAGGAAACAAAGGCGUUACUGGCUCAGGAUUUCCCUUUGAUUUUGGACGUAUUCCCUACAAAGGAAAGCGCCCUUUGAAAGACAUGAUCGGAUCGUACAGAAACCGCCACGUCAGUGGUGAGCCUUCGGCGGACGGGGCGAGUGCGGGCGGCGCCCCCAAGCCCUCGGCCGAGCUGCAGCUGCAGGUGCAGAGCCAGCAGGAGGAGCUGGCGCGGCUGAGGAAGGACCUGUCUAGCCAGAAGGAGCUCGUGCGGCUGCUGCAGCAGACGGUCCGGUCCUCCCAGUACGACAAGUACUUCGCCAGCAGCCGGCUGUCUGAGGGGGUCCCGGAGGACGCGCUUGGCCUUCUGCACCGCAAGGAUGACCAGAUCCUGGGCCUCAGCGGGCAGCUGGAGCGGCUGUCCCUAGAGAGGGACGGUCUGCAGCAGGAGGCCAGGACGCUCAAGGGCAAGGUGGGCGAGCUCAGCGAGCAGCUGGGGAUGCUGGUGGAGACCAUCCAGGCCAAGGACGAGGUCAUCAUGAAGCUCUCACGCCGGCUCAGCGAGGGCGCGGACGGCACGCCGUCCGCCGCGGGGGUGCCCGGCUCCCCCGCCCCCGCCAGCAGGGAGCAGCUGGAGCUGGACAGGCUGAAAGAUAACCUUCAGGGGUACAAAACCCAGAACAAGUUCCUGAACAAGGAAAUCUUGGAGCUCUCGGCACUGCGGAGAAAUGCGGAAAGGAGGGAGCGGGAUCUCAUGGCCAAGUACUCCAGCCUGGAAGCCAAGCUGUGCCAGAUAGAAAGCAAGUACUUGAUCCUGCUGCAAGAGAUGAAGACGCCGGUCUGCUCGGAGGGGCGGGGGCCUUCCCGCGACGUCAUAGCCCAGCUGCUGGAGGACGCCCUGCAGGUGGAGGGCCCGGAGCAGCCCGAGCAAGCGUUCGUGAAGCCUCACCUCGUCAGUGAGUAUGACAUCUAUGGGUUCAGGACGGUCCCAGAGGACGACGAGGAGGAGAAGCUGGUGGCCAAGGUCCGCGCGCUGGACCUGAAGACUCUGUACCUCACGGAGAACCAAGAGGUGUCCACCGGGGUCAAGUGGGAAAACUACUUUGCGAGCACGAUGAACAGGGAGAUGGCGUGCUCCCCGGAGCUGAAGAGCCUGAUCCGGGCAGGCAUCCCGCACGAGCACCGUUCCAAGGUGUGGAAAUGGUGUGUGGACCUCCACACCAGGAAGUUCAAGGACAGCACCAAGCCCGGCUACUUCCAGACGCUGCUCCAAAAGGCGCUGGAGAAGCAGAACCCGGCCUCCAAGCAGAUCGAGCUGGACCUGCUGCGGACCCUUCCCAACAACAAACAUUACUCCUGCCCCACCUCGGAGGGCGUCCAGAAACUCCGCAACGUCCUGCUCGCCUUCUCCUGGAGGAACCCGGACAUUGGCUACUGCCAGGGCCUCAAUAGGUUGGUGGCGGUGGCCCUUCUGUACCUGGAGCAGGAAGAUGCUUUCUGGUGCCUGGUUACCAUAGUGGAGGUGUUCAUGCCGCGAGACUAUUACACAAAGACGUUGCUGGGGUCCCAGGUGGACCAGCGGGUGUUCAGAGACCUCAUGAGCGAGAAGUUGCCUCGGCUGCACGCGCACCUGGAGCAGCACAGUGUCGAUUACACCCUCAUCACGUUCAACUGGUUUCUGGUGGUGUUCGUGGACAGUGUCGUCAGUGACAUCCUCUUCAAGAUAUGGGACUCUUUCCUCUACGAGGGACCGAAGGUCAUUUUCCGGUUUGCCCUGGCGCUUUUCAAAUACAAGGAGGAGGAGAUCCUGAAGCUGCAGGACUCCAUGUCCAUAUUCAAGUACCUCCGUUAUUUCACGCGCACAAUCCUCGAUGCCAGGAAGCUGACCAGUAUCUCCUUUGGGGACCUAAACCCGUUCCCCCUGCGCCAGAUCCGGAACCGGCGUGCCUACCACUUGGAGAAGGUGCGGCUAGAGCUGACGGAGCUGGAAGCCAUCCGUGAGGACUUCCUGCGCGAGCGGGACACCAGCCCGGAUAAGGGCGAGCUGGUCAGUGAUGAAGAGGAGGACACCUGAGAGCCCCCCACCCCGUGACACUGCUCUUCUUGCCCUCACAACCAAAGCGUGCCAAAGGGACCCACAGCAGGUGUCUCUGCUCGUUGGAAAGCCCGAAUGUAAUGCCCGUGGUCUCUGGAAAUCUGCUGGGCGGAUGUCCACGGCCAUGCUGCACUUUCUCCUUUCCGCUCGGGGCGGGGUCUGCUGUGCGCACAGCAUCUCCGUGCCAGGGCGGGGCCUGCCUCCUGCGUGACCGGUGCGCCCCAGGGGACCCGGCUGGCCGUUUCGGGUCUGUUGACAGCAUCUGUCUGGGUUUUGUGCUUGGCUUGCACUCUAGAAACCUGCCGUGGGCCGUGUCCCCGGGGCCGCCCCCUGCACACGGGGCCGUUGAGCAUCUCGUGAGCGGGCGCACUUCUCGUCGCUGGGCCAGAGCGCGGCGGCUUCGGGGGCGGACGGUGAGCGCAGCAAGUGCAUCCCGCGUUCAGAAGCGGCCCGGAGAAAACUCACCUUCGUCUGGACUAGCUUGGGGAGGGCCUGGCCCUCCGGACACGCCACGCUCCCCCCUCGGCCCCAGCCGGUGUUGGCGGACUGCCACGCUGUCCGUCCCCAGCCCGCCCUCUGCCCGGCACGGCUCCGUGAGGUUCUGUGGAAGCUCUUCUCUCUGAGUGGCUCGGGGGAUCCCUGGAGGGAUGCAGUCCGCACAAGCCGUCCUGCAGAGCAGGCCCACCGUUGGGGCAGGCCUUGGUGGAGGGGACGGAGGAAGCUUCUGGGCACGCCCUCCAGGGCCGGUGCAGCCGCAGGGUGACGCUGCAGGCCCGUGCUCGGGGGUCUCCUCCACCUGCUGGGAUGGUGGGGAGGCCGGCUGCCAGGGCCUUAGCCUGGGACACAGCCUUGGUGAGCCGUCCCGGACAGGGCCCUCCCCAGUGCUGCCCAGAGCCAUCCGCGUUCUGGCAGCCGGCCUCCCUGCUCCCUGGGGCCAGCGUGGUCCGGGCUGUGGGGUCAGCCCUGCCUCCAGCAGCUCGGGCUGCCCCGGCCGUUGCGCGCACCGGGAGCUCUGUCUUUCUGAAGCUCUGCAGAGAGGCUUUGUUUCAUCACCGCGUGGACUGUCUGUGCUACACGUGUGGCUGCGGGAGUGUCCCGGCACAGUGUUACUCAGAUAGGAGAGAGACCGUUUCACGUGGAAUUUUCACACUACCUGGAGAAAUUGGAAGUGAGCCCUAGUCGAGACGUAUCAGACGCAGGCUAAGCGUUGGAGUCCCUUGAGGAAGUGCCUUUUCUAAGUACAGAUGUUGUCUCGGUCCGCAUGUAUGGCAUCCUGGCUGGGCAGGCAGCUCCGCGUCCCACACCGAGCUCCGCUCUUGGGUUGUGAGGCUGGACGGCUUGAUCUUUCAGACAGACGUGUUGCACCAUUGCUCCAGGGAGGGGGUGGUGGCCGUUCGGCCUCCGGACGCGGCUUCGGACGCGGCUUCACUGCCAUCCGCACACCCCUCCCCGCCCCGGCUGCGUGCGGCUGACGGGCUCAGACUGAAGUUUCCAAGUGGACUUCCCCAGAACUGCCACACCCUGGGGUGAAAAUGCUGCCUUUUGGAAUAGGCUGGUUUCGUCUGUUUUGGCCCGGUUAAGAUCUUAAAAGCACCUGGAUUGGGCCCAGGUGCCUGCCGUGUGUGGCCGGAGCCGUGGUCUGGGCAGUGGCCAGCAGCGCUGUUGGCGUCUCCGGGGUCCGAGGCCGGGCAGUGGGCGUGAGAGCAGCGCGGUCGUGGGAGGAAGGGGCGGGGGACACUUUCCCGGAGGCCGCCCUCCCUCUCUGUGUCCAGAGGGCGGCAGAGGUGCUGGGCAGGCCCAGGCGGGACAGGACAGAGAGCCGCAGGCCGCGCACCUCUGCCCUCCCGGGGCCAAGGGCAUCUGCCGGCUCGCACGGGGACGGGUUUUGUGUUUUAUGGGCUGAACAUCUGUUAAUACUUUUGUAUAUUUUUCACUACAGUUUAUAUUUUUAUAGACUAUUUUUAUCAAGGUUUUUUUAGAUUAUGAACAUCUAUUUUAUAUAAUGAGUUCUCCUUUGUGAAUGGCCGUGUGUGUGCGCGCACGCGCGCGUGCGAACCCCAGCGGCCUGGGUUGCUCUUGGCUCCUGGGCCCGUCCCCGGCCGGCGGGCUCGCGUGGACCGGCUUCCCCAGCGCCUCUGCUGUCUGUGCUCACGCGUCCGGCGGCACCAGCGCGCCCAGGGCUGGAAUGAGUCUGCGUUCCUCCCACGUUGUAUCCAUAUAGGAAGUAUUCUAGGCCAAGUGCCAGUGCAUUUUCUUUUUUUUUUUUUUUAACUGUAUUCUUGCACAAAUCCCCACCCUGGCUUUGUGCGGGGCCGUCCUCCUGCACGUGCCCUGGGCAGCUGGGCCCGCCUGGGGCAGCCCCUGCAGGCAGGAGGCUGGCUGCCGCCUCAGGGGGCUGCGUGGGGGGGCAGUGGCAGGUGACCUCCUCUGAUGUCACUGCGGCUUCUAGGCUUCUCUGAGUUGUAUUUUGGAACUGUCAUACUAAAAAGCCAAAUAAACUAAUUUGUAUAACGUU